CCUGGCGCGGGCUUUGGCCGCUGCCGCCACUGCCGUCGGGGAAGGUCCCAGCGCGGACAUGGCCUCGCGCGGCGCCCGCCCGGGCUCAAGCCCCCAGCGACCGGUGCAGUAGCUCAGCGAAGAGGCGGCCUGGAGGGCGCAGACGGCCGGGCCGGCGGCAUGGAGGAGGCGCACCUGCUCCCGGCCGCCGACGUGCUGCGCCACUUCUCGGUGACAGCCGAGGGCGGCCUGAGCCCGGCGCAGGUGACCGGCGCGCGGGAGCGCUAUGGCCCCAAUGAGCUCCCCACCGAGGAAGGGAAGUCCCUUUGGGAACUGGUGCUGGAGCAGUUCGAGGACCUUCUGGUGCGCAUCCUGCUGCUGGCAGCUCUGGUCUCCUUUGUCCUGGCCUGGUUCGAGGAGGGUGAGGAGACCACAACAGCCUUCGUGGAGCCCCUGGUCAUCAUGCUGAUCCUUGUGGCCAACGCGAUUGUGGGCGUGUGGCAGGAACGCAAUGCUGAGAGUGCCAUCGAGGCCUUAAAGGAGUACGAGCCUGAGAUGGGCAAGGUGAUUCGCUCAGACCGCAGAGGCGUGCAGAGGAUCCGUGCCCGGGACAUAGUCCCUGGAGACAUUGUGGAAGUGGCAGUGGGAGACAAAGUGCCUGCUGACCUCCGCCUCAUCGAGAUCAAGUCCACCACGCUGCGAGUGGACCAGUCCAUCCUGACGGGCGAAUCCGUGUCCGUGACCAAGCACACAGACGCCAUCCCAGACCCUAGAGCUGUGAACCAGGACAAGAAGAACAUGCUGUUUUCUGGCACCAAUAUAGCAUCAGGCAAGGCAGUGGGUGUGGUGGUGGCCACAGGUCUGCACACGGAGCUGGGCAAGAUCCGGAGCCAGAUGGCAGCAGUGGAGCCUGAGCGGACACCACUGCAGCGCAAGCUGGAUGAGUUUGGGCGGCAGCUGUCCCACGCCAUCUCUGUCAUCUGUGUGGCUGUAUGGGUCAUCAACAUUGGCCACUUUGCUGACCCAGCCCAUGGUGGCUCCUGGCUCCGUGGUGCUGUCUACUACUUUAAGAUUGCCGUGGCCCUGGCUGUGGCUGCAAUCCCCGAGGGCCUCCCAGCAGUCAUCACUACGUGCCUGGCAUUGGGCACACGGCGCAUGGCACGCAAGAAUGCCAUAGUGCGGAGCCUGCCCUCUGUGGAGACCCUGGGCUGCACCUCAGUCAUCUGCUCUGACAAGACGGGCACUCUCACUACCAAUCAGAUGUCAGUGUGCCGGAUGUUCGUGGUAGCUGAAGCGAAAGCGGGCUCCUGCAGUUUGCACGAAUUCACCAUCUCGGGUACCACGUAUACCCCUGAGGGAGAAGUGCGGCAGGGGGAGCAACUUAUUCGCUGCGGCCAGUUCGAUGGGCUGGUGGAGCUGGCGACCAUUUGUGCCCUGUGCAACGACUCGGCGCUGGACUACAAUGAGGCCAAGGGCGUGUAUGAGAAGGUGGGAGAGGCCACAGAGACAGCUCUGACAUGUCUGGUGGAGAAGAUGAAUGUGUUCGACACUGACCUGAAGGCCCUGUCCCAGGUGGAGCGAGCUGGCGCCUGCAACGCGGUCAUCAAGCAGCUCAUGAGGAAGGAGGUCACCCUCGAGUUCUCCCGGGACCGGAAGUCCAUGUCAGUGUACUGCACACCUACCCACCCUGACUCCAAGGCCCAGGGCAGCAAGAUGUUUGUGAAGGGGGCUCCUGAGAGUGUAAUUGAGCGCUGCAGCUCAGUCCGUGUGGGGAGCUGCACAGCACCCCUGAAUACCACCUCCAGGGAGCAGAUCCUGGCAAAGAUCCGAGAUUGGGGCUCAGGCUCAGAGACGCUGCGCUGCCUGGCACUGGCCACCCGGGAUGCACCCCCCAAGAAGGAGGACAUGCAGCUGGACGACUGCAGCAAGUUUGCUCAGUACGAGACAGACCUGACCUUCGUGGGCUGCGUGGGCAUGCUGGAUCCCCCACGGCCCGAGGUUGCUGCCUGCAUCACACGCUGCCACCGAGCGGGCAUCCGCGUGGUCAUGAUCACAGGGGACAACAAAGGCACGGCUGUGGCCAUCUGUCGCCGGCUUGGCAUCUUUGGAGACACAGAGGAUGUGGAGGGCAAAGCCUACACAGGCCGCGAAUUUGAUGACCUCAGCCCAGAGCAGCAGCGCCUUGCCUGCUGCACCGCCCGCUGCUUUGCCCGCGUGGAGCCAGCGCAUAAGUCCCGCAUUGUGGAAAACCUGCAGUCCUUUAAUGAGGUCACUGCCAUGACUGGUGAUGGGGUGAACGACGCACCUGCCCUGAAGAAAGCAGAGAUCGGCAUUGCCAUGGGCUCAGGCACAGCUGUGGCCAAGUCAGCUGCAGAGAUGGUGCUGUCAGAUGACAACUUUGCCUCCAUUGUGGCUGCUGUGGAGGAGGGCCGGGCCAUCUACAGCAACAUGAAGCAAUUCAUUCGCUACCUCAUUUCCUCAAAUGUCGGCGAGGUUGUCUGCAUCUUCCUCACAGCAAUUCUGGGCCUGCCUGAAGCCCUGAUCCCCGUGCAGCUGCUCUGGGUGAACCUGGUGACAGAUGGCCUACCUGCCACAGCCCUGGGUUUCAACCCACCAGACUUGGACAUCAUGGAGAAGCUGCCCCGGAAUCCUCGUGAGGCCCUCAUUAGUGGCUGGCUCUUUUUCCGAUAUCUGGCUAUUGGAGUGUACGUAGGCCUGGCCACAGUGGCUGCCGCCACCUGGUGGUUCCUGUAUGAUGCCGAGGGACCUCACAUCACCUUCUACCAGCUGAGGAACUUCCUGAAGUGCUCUGAGGACAACCCACUCUUCGAGGGCAUCGACUGCGAGGUCUUUGAGUCCCGCUUCCCCACUACCAUGGCCUUGUCGGUGCUUGUGACCAUCGAGAUGUGCAAUGCCCUCAACAGCGUCUCGGAGAACCAGUCGCUGCUGCGGAUGCCGCCCUGGCUGAAUCCCUGGCUGCUGGCGGCUGUGGCCAUGUCCAUGGCCCUGCACUUCCUCAUCCUGCUGGUGCCACCCCUACCCCUCAUUUUCCAGGUGACCCCACUGAGCGGGCACCAAUGGGUGGUGGUGCUCCAGAUAUCUCUGCCUGUCAUCCUGCUUGAUGAGGCCCUCAAGUACCUGUCCCGGCAUCACAUGGAUGGCAUUCUCGGGACAGUCUCACAGGCCUGGAGUAGGCAGCCGCUGACCAGCUCCCGGACCCCAGACCACACCGGGUUGGCUUCUUUGGUGUCACCUUGUGGAAAUAAAGGACCAGAAGUGAAUGCAGGGAUCAGAGCAGAGUCUCCAGUGUGUACCUCAGACUGAUGGUGCCCAAGCAUUUGUCCCACUCCCACCCCUGCCACCAUGCUCACCCACCUGCCCACUGGGCCCUGCUGGACACGCAACAGUCCUGAGGCCAGAACGGUCACACCCAGGUCCAGUCCUGGGGUCCCUGUCCCCACUGCCAUCUGACCUGGGGGGCUGUGUAGUUCAUGUCUCUUGAACUCUCCUGGGAAGAUCCCUUGCUGAAACUCUGGCCCAGGAGCUGAGCCUGAGAGGGGGGCUGUGGGAAGCCAGAGCUGGCCGUAGAUCUGGAGCUGCAGAGCCCCUGGACCUGCAUAUCUACCAGCACAUACUAGAGCCUGCACCCCUUGCAUGGAGGCUGGGCCUCUACUUGGUGACCCGUGCCUCUGCACUGACGGAGAACACCGGCUCUGACCUCUCAGUCAGUGCCUGGUCUGGAACCUGAUCAGCUCCAUGGAGGUGUAUCGGAGGGGGCCAUCUGGGCCCAGCUGUGUACAGCGAGGCGGGAGGCCUCCACCAAGUCGGCUCCUGAGAGCUGGAGUCUGUUUCUGUUUAUAUGUGCAGGCCCCAGGGGGUUGAAGCGUCAGAGAGAAAGGAACACAAGGGGCAGGGAGGAGGGGCGAGGCAGAACCCUCUUUGCCUGGGGGAGACACUGGGCUGCCUGCCUCAGCUCAACUCCCUUUCCAAACUCAGGUUUCCGUGUCCUUAGCAAAUGACUGGGUGGUGCCUGGUCCACCAAGCAGAGGUCAGAUUUGCUAUCCAUGUCCCUGGUGCCUGAGACACCGGAUGUCCUUAGGUCCCUGACCACUAUGCUGUUCCAUCCUGCCUGGUGUGCAGCCAUCUGAGUCUCCUGGAUCCUUGGCCUCACUUUUUGCCCAUUUCCUCCAUACACACGCAUCCAUGAGCCAAAAAGAUGUCACUAAGGAUGGCUGUCACCCAAGGGCACUUACCCCCUCUUCCCGCUUCUCCCUGGAAGAAUGCAUCUCUCUGUGGGUCUCCUGUCAGAUGGUAGGAAGACAGCAGUUUGAUUGACAGGAAUUUCCUCUUACUCAGCUUUUGUUCCUUUGGCAAAAACUAGCUAGGCAUAGCAGAAAAUAGCAAGUAAAGAACUGUCUAUAUGUCUUCUCCCCUUCUUGAGAGUGUACCAAGUGAUGAUUUUACAUGUAAACCAAGACUCACAUCCCUGUCCUGGUCCCCAGAAUUUCCCCCUCCUCCUGCCUCAUAGUUUAAUGGUCUCCUCAUUCUGCAUCCCCUUCUCUCAAGCUUCCUCCCACCCUCUUGCAGUUUCUGGAAGGGCCCUGAGAAAAACGAGUUGGGGGUGCUCUGGCAGGGGCAGGGCCCUGUACCCACCUGCUGACAUGCUGCCUGGUAGAGAAAUAAAAGUGGUGUGCCUGGGGCAGUG